CCGAGCCUGGGAACCCGUGCGGCAGAGAGAGCUGCAGUCAGUGGCAUGUGUGCUGGAGAUAUGCUCCUUUCCGCAGACUGUACACACACAGCAUGGAUUGUCAGCUCUGCUCCGUCUUCUGCCUCCUCCUCUCUCUGUGUGCCGGCUGCUCGGGGGAACUGACCACCUAUCCCUCUAACGAAGUUAAUCUUCUGGAUUCGAAAGCAAUUCAGGGGGAACUGGGCUGGAUUUCCUACCCAUCACACGGGUGGGAAGAAAUCAGUGGAGUUGAUGAACAUUACACCCCAAUUAGGACCUACCAAGUUUGCAAUGUCAUGGACCACAAUCAAAACAACUGGCUUAGGACCAACUGGAUUCCUCGCAACUCAGCCCAGAAGAUCUAUGUUGAGCUAAAGUUCACAUUACGAGACUGUAACAGCAUCCCUCUCGUUUUAGGCACAUGUAAAGAAACAUUUAACCUCUAUUACAUGGAGUCAGAUGAGGACCAUGGGGUUAAGUUUAGAGAGCACCAGUUUACAAAGAUUGACACAAUUGCAGCUGAUGAGAGUUUUACGCAGAUGGAUCUCGGAGAUCGAAUUCUCAAACUGAACACUGAGGUUCGAGAGGUUGGGCCUAUAAGCAAGAAAGGACUUUAUUUGGCAUUUCAGGAUGUUGGUGCCUGUGUUGCCUUAGUAUCCGUCCGGGUAUAUUUCAAAAAGUGCCCUUUCACUGUGAAGAAUUUGGCUAUGUUUCCAGAUACUGUACCUAUGGACUCCCAUUCACUCGUGGAAGUGAGGGGAUCUUGUGUCAACCAUUCCAAAGAGGAAGACCCACCUAAAAUGUACUGCAGUACAGAAGGCGAAUGGCUGGUUCCCAUUGGAAAGUGCUUGUGCAAUCCUGGCUACGAAGAAAGAGGAUUUACAUGCCAAGCUUGCAGACCAGGAUUUUACAAAGCAUUUACUGGGAACCUUAAAUGUACCAAAUGUCCCCCACACAGUUCUACUCAGGAUGAAGGAGCGACACAUUGUAACUGUGAGAAGAAUUACUAUCGAGCAGAUAAAGACCCACCUUCCAUGGCUUGUACAAGACCUCCUUCAGCACCAAGAAACCUUAUUUCUAAUAUCAAUGAAACAUCUGUAAUACUUGAUUGGAGUUGGCCUUUGGACACCGGAGGUCGAAAAGAUGUCACCUUUAAUGUCAUCUGCAAAAAAUGUGGAGGGAACAUUAAAUUUUGCGAUUCUUGCAAGGGAAGCAUGAGAUUUAUCCCACGACAGAUCGGGCUAACCAAUACCACUGUGACCAUAAUGGAUCUGCUAGCGCACACCAACUACACAUUUGAAAUCGAGUCUGUGAAUGGUGUGUCCGACCAGAGUACUUUGACAAGACACAUUGCUGCCGUUAGUAUUACCACUAAUCAAGCCGCUCCAUCUCCCGUCACCGUAAUUAGAAAAGACCGAACAUCAAGGAACAGCAUUGCCCUGUCUUGGCAGGAGCCAGACCAUCCAAAUGGGAUCAUCCUAGACUAUGAGGUCAAGUACUAUGAAAAGCAGGAACAGGAAACUAGCUACACGAUCCUAAGAGCAAGAAGCACAAAUGUCACAAUCAGCGGCCUGAAACCCGAUACCACGUAUAUCUUCCAGAUCCGCGCACGCACGGCGGCAGGAUACGGAUCAAACAGCCGCAAGUUUGAGUUUGAAACCAGUCCGGAUUCUUUCUCCAUUUCCAGCGAGAAUAGCCAGGUUGUGGUGAUUGGCAUUUCUGCUGCCGUAGUUAUUAUCCUUCUAACGGUUGUUGUGUAUGUCCUGAUCGGAAGAGUCUGUGGCUACAAUAAAUCAAUUCACAGUCCUGAUGAAAAAAGGCUCCACUUUGGAAAUGGACACCUGAAGUUUCCAGGUAUUAGGACCUACGUAGAUCCGCAUACCUAUGAAGAUCCCAACCAAGCCGUUCACGAAUUUGCAAAGGAACUGGAUUCUACAUGUAUAUCUAUCGACAAAGUUAUCGGAGCAGGAGAAUUUGGUGAAGUUUGCAGCGGCCGACUGAAACUCCCAUCUAAGAAGGAGAUCAGCGUAGCGAUCAAGACUUUGAAAACCGGCUACACGGAAAAACAGAGAAGAGAUUUCUUGAGUGAAGCCAGCAUCAUGGGGCAGUUUGAGCAUCCCAACAUCAUUCGUCUGGAAGGAGUAGUUACAAAAAGUAAACCAGUGAUGAUUGUUACUGAAUACAUGGAAAAUGGUUCCCUGGACAGCUUUCUCCGCAAACACGAUGCCCAGUUUACCGUUAUACAAUUGGUGGGUAUGCUCCGCGGGAUUGCGUCGGGCAUGAAGUAUCUCUCCGACAUGGGUUACGUCCACCGCGAUCUGGCUGCACGGAACAUCCUCAUUAAUAGUAACCUGGUCUGCAAAGUUUCUGAUUUUGGAUUAUCUCGUAUUCUGGAGGAUGACCCCGAGGCAGCUUAUACCACCAGGGGUGGAAAGAUCCCAAUUAGGUGGACAUCACCAGAAGCUAUUUCAUACCGUAAAUUCACAUCGGCAAGUGACGCGUGGAGCUACGGCAUCGUGCUUUGGGAAGUGUUAUCUUAUGGAGAGAGACCCUAUUGGGAAAUGUCUAAUCAAGAUGUUAUUAAGGCAGUUGAAGAGGGAUACAGAUUGCCGCCUCCGAUGGACUGUCCAGCUGCCUUGUAUCAGCUCAUGUUAGACUGCUGGCAGAAGGAUCGGAACAACAGACCCAAGUUCGAGCAGAUCGUCAGCCUUUUGGACAAGCUGAUUCGUAAUCCCAGCAGUCUAAAACUGAUCGCCAAUACCGCUGCAAGGCCAUCAAAUUUAUUGCUAGAUCAAAACAGUGCUGACUUCCCUACAUUCCGGCCUACGGGAGACUGGCUCGAUAGUAUCCAAACGGGGCAAUGCAAGGACAUUCUAUCUGGAGUUAGCUAUAGCUCGUGUGAGACGAUUGCAAAAAUUUCUUUAGACGACAUGAAGACAGUUGGUGUCACCAUCCUUGGCCCACGGAACAAAAUCACGAAUGCUCUAAGACCUCAAGAAACGCCUUCAAAGAACGGACCUGUAAAUGUGUAAAUAAAAGAAAUACAGGAAAAUAUAUCUCACAUGGAAGGUGCAAUUGAAGCUGACAAACUUCUCACACCAUGGUGGGGCGCUUGGACUAUAAAGUGAAUCCCUACCCAACUCGUGCAUAUGAGUAACUAUGCCUUAAAUACAAGUGGAAAGUCUUCUAUUUCUUAGCCAAAAAAAGGAUGCAUUUUAUAACAAA